UCUAGACUUGUAUCGGGUGUAGGUAGUUCAAGAGCAAAUAUGUUAUAUUAACGGACUUUGAAAACUGGACGCGACGAAUUUACCCAUUUGAACCACCAUAUCAGAAAGAUGAAGUAUUGAGCACAACGAAGAAGACGGCAUUUAAAGUUUGGGUUAAUUGGUUAUCGGGAAUGUCCUGAGAUACAAAACUAAGUGCAACAAACAUUAGCUAGUGCUAGCCGCUUUAGCACAAUCGAAGUAGCGAAGGAUCCACUUCACAAGUCAUAAGCAACUUAAUUUAUCUUUUGCCUAUUUCCCCACAAUAACCUUUGGUACUAGUCAAUCAAGACUGGACAUAUGCCAUUUUGGAUAGCCGUUAUUUCGAAUCAGCUGGCUGGCUGGCUGCACGGUUAUAGCCAGUUGUAUUUGGAGGAAGAUUGUGACCGGCGAGAGUGUCCGUCCACCCCUCCCCGCCAUGGCUGGUGGUAUCACCGAGAGCGGUGAGCCAUACUCUCCGUUUGUGGGGCUAGUGUACAUGUUCAACCUGAUCGUGGGCACCGGGGCGUUGACCAUGCCCAGGGCCUUUGCCACGGCUGGCUGGGUGGUCAGUCUGGCGCUCAUCUCCUUUCUGGCCUUCAUGAGCUACAUGAACACCACGUUCGUGAUCGAGGCGAUGGCUUCAGCCAAUGCUCAGCUGCGCUGGAAGAGGAGAGAGCAGGAGGAGGUGGAAGACAGCGACUCUACCUCUGAUUACUCUGACGAUGAUGUCAUCAUCAGGGGACGGCCGGAGGCAAGGCCGAUUUUGUCCAUCCAGAGGUCUGGAGGCCCAGUGGAUCAGUUUGACAUCGUGGAGCGUGUGGAGAUGGGGCAGAUGGCCUCCAUGUUCUUCAACAAAGUGGGAGUCAACAUGUUCUACAUCUGCAUCAUCGUGUACCUGUAUGGAGACCUGGCCAUCUACGCUGCUGCAGUGCCUCUGUCCCUCAUGGAGGUGGCCUGUGGGAACCAGUCGUGCAGUGCAGGCAGUGUGCAGUACAACGACACAGAUGUGUGUUGGGGAUCGAUCAGCAGAUUAAACGCAUACAGAGUCUUCCUGAGUGUUUUCACCGUGAUGAUGGGUCCGUUCACCUUCUUCAACGCUCAGAAGACCAAGUAUCUCCAGAUCCUCACCUCCCUCAUGCGCUGGAUAGCGUUCACCAUGAUGAUCAUCCUGGCUCUGAUCCGCAUCGCUGGAGGCCGUGGUGAAGGACGGCCCCCAGUCGCCCAGCUCUCCGGUGUCCCCAACCUGUUUGGGGUGUGCGUCUACUCCUUCAUGUGCCAGCACUCUCUCCCCUCGCUGGUCACGCCCAUCUCUGACAAGACGCGCGUGGGCGCCCUGGUGGUGACGGACUACAUCCUCAUCCUGGCCUUCUACUCCCUCCUCUCCUUCACCGCCAUCUUCUGCUUCGACUCCUCGCUCCUCCACGACAUGUACACGCUCAACUUCACCGACAACUGCGACGUGCUGAACGUCCCGGCGCUGCGCUAUUUCCUGGGGCUGUUCCCUGUCUUCACCAUCAGCACCAACUUCCCCAUCAUCGCCGUGACGCUGCGCAACAACUGGAAGACGCUGUUUCACCGCGACGGCGGGACCUAUCCCUGGGUGGUGGACCGCCUGGUGUUCCCCCUCAUUACGCUGGUGCCCCCGGUCAUCGUGGCGUUCUGCACCCACAACCUGGAGUCCCUGGUGGGCAUCACGGGCGCCUACGCCGGCACGGGGAUCCAGUACGUGAUCCCGGCGCUGCUUGUGUUCUUCAGCCGGAGGCAUCUGGAGCCGGUGGUGGGCAGGGAGGCGGUGAACAAGCACCGGUCGCCCUUCAGACACGCCUUCUGGGUGUGGUUCGUGGUCGUCUGGGCAGCCUUCUGCCUCAUGUUUGUCACGGCUAACAUCAUACUGACGGAUACGAAGAAGUAGAGGAGGGAAAUAGGGAAGACUCAGUGACUGUGUGUCUCUACGUCUCUCUACGUCUCUCUCUCUCUCUGUGUCUCUCUCUCUCUGUGUCUCUCUUUAUGUCUCCCUCUCUAUGUCUCUCUCUCCCUCCCUCUGUCUGUCUCUCCUCAUCUCUGUGUUCCUGAGGCGUUGCAGACAAGGAGGUGUGCCUUUAUAAAACUUGACUCUUGUAGCAUGUUUCAAGGACAUCUUUGUUAUUGUGAUCAGCUCUGCUCAAUCAAACGUGUUGAAAGGGACCAAACACAUACUGAAGCAUGUGUUUCCGGGGAAACGGGACAGCGACAGUGCUUUAGGGUCAUGUGACUAGGUGCCGGGGUCAGGUGAUUGGAGCGUCACAGCUCUAAACUGAACAGCUCACUGGGAAAAGGUCGACUCAAAGACUGUACCAUGCUCGUCUCUUUAGCUUUCUCCUAUACCAAAUGUCUCAUUUAAAUACCAAAUUCAGAAUUUAGGGAGGUAGAGAAAGGAGGAGGAAUGGAGAGAGGAGAAGAGCUGUCAAGUGUUUUUCAAGACACUCAGAUCACCCAUGUUAAUCUACAUCUCUGUACGCUAGAACAAUUGAACAAAUUGCGGAAAAAUGUUCUCCUGUUUUAUUGCAAAUAACAAAGUCAACCAAAUCAUCUAUCACCUUCCAGCUAUGUUCCACAGUGCUAUUAGCUAUUAGCAUGAUAUGUUCCAUAUCAUGGCUAUUAGCUAACAACGCUAACGCUUUAGCAACCAAGCCAUGUUAAACGUGUCCCCGUUAGCAGAAAGCUAGCAAGCUAGCAACAGCGCCGUGUUGAACCCGAGUCUAACAACAGCUGGCUGUUAGCAAGCUGACAAAAAAAGCUGUGUUAAACCCUGAGUGUAACACUUAUCUGGCUGCUAGCAGGCUAGCCACAGAGCCAUAUUGCACCUAGUGUUAAUAGUUAUCUGGCUGCUAGCAGGCCUCCCCAGCCCAGCCUCCAUGCAGGGAGAAGAUGAGAUUAAGACUGAGACGCAGUGGACUGAUUGGUCAUCCUGCUUGUUGAAAGAGUUAUUAUAGCAGUGGCCCACAGCUUCAGCCGGCCUGGUUAUUCGAUUUAACGAGGAGGCAGGAGGUGAUUAGAGCUUCCUCUCCUUGCCUCUCCUCCCCACGUCCCUUCCUGCGUUCUCCUCAUCAGCUGUGAUUUCUCCUCCUGUUCUCUUCCAGUUCUCCUCUGUUCCACCGUAUCAGUUAUAUAUAUAUCCAGGGGUUCCACGUGUCUCGCUGUCCCGUCAGUGUUCCGUGUUCUAGAACCGUCUACUGGCUGCUGGUACACCGAGGAUGCCAGUUUUCUGUGACGGGCAUAUGGGGUUGGAAAAAGGGAUGGAAAAAAACAAACAUAACGUUUGCGUUAUAUUUCGCUACAUUGCACAACUUUGCACACAGUUGCCUUAGGUUGUACCGUAACAUUUGGUGUGUUCAGUGCUUCUUCGCGGCAAAUGCCGUAAUAUUGAGAUGUUUCUACGUGUUCUGAUGAUUUAAAAAAUAAUUGUAUUGUGGUUGAGUUUUUGAUUCUGUUCUGAGCUUGUGGUUAUUGUGUGUGGAGAAUGACACAGCCCACAGGCAUUACU